GUGAUCAUCUCCGCUACUAACGACAAUGUCCAAUACUCGUGCGAUCCGUCUUGGAUCCCCAGAAGAAUACACUCAAUUACUUGACCAAUAUGAUACGUGGAUGUUUGACUGCGACGGGGUCUUAUGGCAAGGUGAACGGCUUAUUCCAGGUGCGACAGAGGUCUUGCGGAUGCUUCGCGAAAAAAGAAAAAAAGUGAUCUUCGUUACCAACAACGCUACAAAAUCAAGAAAGAAUUACAAGGUCAAAUUCGACCAGUUGGGUGUAGAAGCUCACGUCGACGAAAUCUACGGAUCGGCCUACGCAACCGCUGUAUACAUUUCCUCCGUCUUAAAGUUACCCAAAGACAACAAAGUCUACGUGAUCGGCCAAUCCGGAUUAGAAGAUGAACUACGAGAUGAAGGUAUAUCUUUCCUAGGCGGAACUGACCCGCAAGACUGCACAACAACAACCCCAUUCUCCCUCUCCUCCUUCACCCCAGACCCCUCCGUCGCCGCCGUCAUCUGCGGUCUAGACACAUCCAUCACAUACACCAAACUCUCCAAAGCAUUCAAAUACCUCACUCUCAACCCCGCUUGUCAUUUCAUAGCUACGAACCAAGACUCUACCUACCCUAGUGCCGACGGGUUGUUACCUGGUGCAGGCGCUAUCUCAGCUCCUUUGAGAUAUGCGUUGGGCAAAGAUCCGUUGGUGGUGGGUAAACCGGCGAAGACCAUGUUGGAUUGUAUCAAGGCCAAAGUCCACUUUGAUCCUAAACGCACCAUUAUGGUCGGGGACAGACUGAAUACCGAUAUUCUAUUUGGACAAGCAGGGGGUCUUGCUACUUUACUAGUCCUCACAGGUAUAACACUAGAAUCCGAAAUCUCAGGACCUAACCCUUCGCCUAUCGUACCAGACUACAUUACGAAUUCUAUCGGAGACUUUCUCGUUGCUGCGUAAGACCAUCUAACUGGCAUAUGGGUGUACUCUUCCCGAUAAAUCCGAUUUAAAAUAGAUAUAGAGAAUCGUAGUUUUCGCCAAUGGAGCUAUUUCUAGAGAGUAGAUGUAAUAGAUUAACAGAUCGAAAUAGACGAAAGUUAUCGCCAUACA